GAUGAACCACUUUUUAAAGGGCCGUUCAUCAUGGAAGACUCGGCUGUCACAGACUUUGUUGACAAAGUCAGAACAAAUGUAAAAUGUACCCCAGGAAAAGGUACAUGUGGUACCAGCCAGUGGUCAGCUGCUCGAGAGACAGCAAAAAGAGCCAGCAGGCUUGAUGAAGAGGGGUUAGAGGUGGCUGUAUGUAGACAUGGAGUGCUACUGAAAGCUCUCAACAUGUUCAGAGGAGAAAUAUUUGCCUACCCCUUGUUCCUUCAAACGCAGUUUCAAGCUACAAACGUGCAUUUUUAUUGCACAGAUAUUGCUUGUAAAUACUGGCCCUACCUCGAGAAAGUGGCAAAGACAAUGCCAGAACUGCGACAUUUGCUGAGCAUGCAACCGUUUCUCUCGGUCAUGCAUGCCAAGGCCCAUUCCACAAAGUGUGAGAUUGUGUGGAGUGGGAGAAAUUUGGAGGGUGCUGGUUCGACGGCCGGGGAAGAAGUGGAGAUGGUGAACAGCUUUCUGUCACGUUGUGCCAUCACAACUAAGUACAUGACAAAAUCAGCUCGCAAUGACAUGUUGACUGUCCAUGCAAUGGGAUGGAACAGACGGAAGCAGGAAAACCUUCAUGUGGUGUUGGCCAAGAGAUAUGUCAAGACAAUCACAAUGUUGGAGGGUGAGACUCAAAAAAUGAAGGACACCUGCGAAGAGCUUUGAUGCCCUGAGGACAAAGUCCAACAAUGGGUUAAUGAUGUUAGAGACUGGGCAACAAACGACAACACAUCAGGCGACAAUCAGUCUCCAGAUGUCCAUUGAGCAGCUAUUUCUAGGGCU